AUGAGGUCCGAUACGAGCACCAGGAAAUUCGAAGCCCUCUGCGAAUUCCACCAGGAAUGCGUACACAAAACAGAAGAUUGCAUCUCCUUAAGGAAAGACGUAGCGAACAUGCUACAACAAAGGCACCUCAAAGAAUUGCUCAGUGACAAAGGCAGUAACACCACAGAAAGGGUUCGAGAACGUCAAGGCUUGCCAAAGCCACCUUCACUAGCUCGUGCCAUCAAUAUGAUUAUUGGUGACAACGAUGACGCCUCUAUCAACGGCAUCAAGUUCACCGCCACCCACAAGAUAAAAAGAUCAAUCACCCAUGAACGGUAUGACAGACUCGAAGAAAGCAUCAUCUUCGACGAGUCAUAUACCGAUGAUUUGACUUUUCCUCACGAUGAUGCCCUUGUAAUUACUUUACGAAUUUUAUAUAUUGAUGUUAAACGAAUCAUGGUAGAUGAAGAAAGUGGAACGUGCAUCAUCCAUCCCCGAGUCCUUGCUCAGAUGAGACUCGAGGAUAGGAUAGUGCCACGUUGCAUCACACUAACCUAUUUUAACAAUGCAGUUGAACACAAUUGGGGAGAAAUUACACUCUCUGUUCUCGCCAGUGGGGUGACUCUAGAGACAAAGUUCCACAUCAUGGACCAGGACACCGCGUACAACGUCAUCGUGGAACUACCAUGGAUAUAUCCUAUGACAGUCGUCCCUCCCAGCUUAUACCAAGUGAUCAAAUUCCCAACACCUUGGGGAAUAUUCAGCAUACGAGGGGAACAAUGCACGUCCCAGAAAUGCUAUCGAAUCUCCAUGGACAGCACGACAACUCAACAAAAGAAAGAUAAGGAAAAAGAAGCAUAA